GCAAACACUGGACAGAAAACUGUGGAAAGCAGUCAUUGAUUAAAAUAUUAACGAGCGGACACCGAAAACAAGCAAUGUGGAAUUAAUAAAGAUCAAGGGAGAGGUCCGUGUCGUACAAAGGGUAAUACAUCUAGGAGGAACAUUGUAGCCUGCAGCAUGCUGUCCAUUUACAGGUCAAGGGGAUAAAAGUCAAGGCUAAGUUGUGUGCCAGCAGCCCAGCAGUGUCCACCGCAACCUGAGGAAUGGGGAACACGGCGACCAAGUUCCGCAAGGCGCUGAUCAACGGAGACGAGGGUCUGGCCUGCCAGCUGUACGAGGGCAAUCCCCAGUUUAAAGAAUCACUGGACCCCAACACUUCAUACGGGGAGACUUACCAGCACAACACCCCCCUGCACUAUGCCUCCAGACAUGCAAUGAGCCGACUGUUGAGAUCCUUCCUCUUUUGCAAAGAUGGAAACCCCAACAAACGCAACAUUCACAAUGAAAUGGCCCUGCACCUACUGUGCAUGGGACCACAGAUCAUGCUGUCAGAAGGUGCCCUCCACCCACGCAUUACUCGCCCCUUUGAGGAUGAGCAGAAGCGUGCCGACUGCCUCCAGAUGAUCCUAAAAUGGACUGGAGCCAAGCUGGACCAAGGAGAGUACGAGAGAGCCAACAUUAACGCCACUGACAAUAAGAAAAACACCUGUUUGCACUAUGCAGCUGCCUCAGGGAUGAAGAUCUGUGUGGAGUUCCUGGUGAAUAGCCAUGCAGACCUUUUUGCAGAGAAUGAAAACAAGGAGACGCCAUGUGACUGCGCUGAAAAGCUGCACCACAAGGAGCUGGCCCUCAGCCUUGAGGCUCAGAUGGUCUUCUCUAUGAACCCCGAGGCUGAGAGUAUCGAGGCGGAGUAUGCUGCCCUUCACCACAAAGAGCCAUAUGAGGGCCUGAAGCUGCAGGAUUUGCGAAGGCUGAAGGACAUGCUGAUUGUGGAGACGGCUGACAUGCUCCAGGCCCCACUCUUCACUGCUGAAGCGCUGCUCCGGGUACACGACUGGGACAGAGAGAAGUUGCUGGAAGCCUGGAUGUCCAACCCCGAGGAUUGCUGCCAGCGAUCGGGUGUUCAUAUGCCAACCCCACCUCCCAGCGGGUACAACGCUUGGGACACCCUGCCUUCCCCUCGGACGCCUCGUACCACCCGUUCCUCCGUCACCUCCCCUGAUGAAAUCAGCCUGUCACCCGAGGAUGAGGGCAUCCCUCUGUGUGGCAUCUGUAUGUGUGCCAUCUCUGUGUUCGAGGAACCCAUUGACAUGUCAUGUGGGCAUGAGUUCUGCCGAACAUGCUGGGAAGGGUUCCUGAAUCUGAAGAUACAGGAGGGAGAAGCACACAACAUCUUCUGUCCAGCCUAUGACUGUUUCCAGCUGGUUCCUGUGGAAGUUAUCGAGAGUGUGGUUUCCCGGGAGAUGGACAAGCGAUAUCUCCAGUUUGACAUAAAGGCAUUUGUGGAGAACAAUCCUGUGAUUCGAUGGUGCCCAACGGCAGGAUGUGAAAGAGCAGUACGGCUCAUACAGCAGGGCCCUGGCGCCAUUACCUCUGAUUCCCUCAGCUUCCCCAUCCUCCGAGCUCCUGCGGUGGAUUGUGGGAAAGGGCAUAUCUUCUGCUGGGAGUGCCGAGGAGAGGCCCAUGAACCAUGUGAUUGUCAAACCUGGAAGAUGUGGCUCCAGAAAGUGUCUGAGAUGAGGCCAGAAGAAUUGGCUGGAGUGAGUGAGGCUUUUGAGGAUGCAGCCAAUUGCCUGUGGUUGCUGACCAACUCCAAACCCUGCGCUAACUGCAAGUCACCAAUUCAGAAGAAUGAAGGCUGCAACCACAUGCAAUGUGCCAAGUGCAAGUAUGAUUUCUGCUGGAUCUGUCUGGAGGAAUGGAAGAAGCACAGCUCAUCCACAGGAGGCUACUACCGCUGCACCCGCUACGAGGUCAUCCAGCAGGUGGAAGAACAAUCCAAGGAGAUGACAGUGGAGGCUGAAAAGAAGCACAAAAGCUUUCAGGAGCUGGACCGCUUCAUGCACUACUACACGCGCUACAAAAACCAUGAGCACAGCUACAAGCUAGAGCAGCGUCUUCUGAAAACUGCCAAAGAAAAGAUGGAACAGCUGAGCAAAGCCUUCAGUGGGGAGGGUGCUGCACCGGACACCAUGUUCAUCGAAGACGCUGUACAUGAGCUCCUCAAGACUCGCCGCAUCCUCAAGUGCUCUUACCCUUACGGCUUCUUUCUGGAACCCAAAAGCACAAAGAAAGAAAUAUUUGAACUUAUGCAGACUGACCUGGAGAUGGUGACAGAGGACCUUGCUCAGAAAGUGAAUCGCCCUUACCUCCGCACACCCCACCAUAAAAUCAUCCGUGCAGCCUGUCUGGUUCAACAGAAGAGACAAGAGUUCUUGGCGUCCGUUGCUCGUGGCGUGGCGCCCAAUGACUCUCCAGAAGCCCCUCGCCGCAGGUAUCAUCCCAUUUUUGCUGGUGGGACAUGGGACUGGGAGUACUUGGGCUUUGCUUCUCCUGAGGAGUACGCAGAGUUCCAGUACCGAAGACGGCACAGACAGCGGCGGCGUGGAGAUAUGCACAGCUUACGCAGUAGCACCCCUGACCCAGACGACCCCAGUGACAGCACUUUAGAUGCCCUUGAAGGUGGUGGACGGAGACAUGGCCCCUCCAUGGUGAGUUCAGCUUCUGGCCUUAAUUCUCUUGACGAGGAUGACCCCAAUGUCCUGCUAGCUAUCCAGCUCUCUCUGCAGGAGUCUGGGCUGGUAAUGAGUGGUGAGACUCAGGAGAUUUUCAGUAACGAAGCCUCCAUCGGAGCAAUCGGCACCUCUCUGCCAUCCAGACUGGACCCUGUGCUGCACAGCGUAGAGGUGCCUCGUGCUGCUCUUAGCAGCUCUGAACUCCUAGAGCUGGGAGAGAGCUUGAUGAGGCUGGGGAACAUCACCAGCCAGUACACCCCUGAACCCUUCGAUAACCUGCACCCCUUCGGCGAGUCUCCAGGAGGCAUCUUCUCCUCUUCCAGCGACACUGACUCGGCCUGCCACGAACCUAGUACCGCCAACGCCAACCUGCUUGGCAACAUCAUGGCCUGGUUCCACGACAUCAACCCCCAGAGCAUCGCAUUCAUCCCGUCGGCCCCCUCAGACCCUCACCUGGACACGCUGGCGGACCCCACAAUGCAGGCACAAAUGCAGGCGGAUGACGAGCCAUCGGCCCAGGUCGAGGACGAGGCAGGGAGGCUCCCCCAGCCGGAGGCGGAAGGCACGGCCGCCGCGGGCGACCAGAACACGGAGCCUGAAGGCAGAGAAGUUGACUGUGACGCUGAUCUCAGUCAUCCUCAUGUCCUAGAAUGAGCUGUGGGAUCAGGGUGGAUUUUCCUCACCGGAAUGGGACACUUGUUGCAGGGUGCAGAUGAGAUCACUGGACAGGCUUUUACUUUUGCUCAGUGAAGUUGGCAGUGCUGUGAAUAUGACCAGAUCUCAUUCCCAUCGACCCUUUUCUGCCUGCCUAUUUCUGUCAUAACCGGUGCCAAGCUGUAAUUUGUCUAAGCAUAACGUACUUCAGAAGGAACCAAGGUUAUAACAUGCAUAUUGUGCCUACAUUGCUAAGAACCAAUCAGAAUCCCCCUUCCCCUGAUCCAUUAUUAUUUACCUAUAGUGUAGCUAAGAGACAAUAAGCAGUUAUAACUUUUAAAAAAUAUAUAUAUUUCUUUUUUUAAACUAUCAAGUCUGCCUUUGAAAAAUCACAAUCUGGACCUGAGAACAGAAAUUUGGUAUUUCAAUCAGAUACCAUUUUUUUUCUACAUAAUUUAAUCAUGAUGGUAUCGACAACUGAGGCUAAAUUUGGAAACUGACUGACUUACUGAGGCUGCCGUAAUUGUUUUAUACUGAAUGCGCCUUAAUUUGAAAUUUUUUCUUUUGUUUUUGUUUUGUUAUUGGCACAUUUCAGAAGUACCUCAGCAUUGAAGCAUAAACACUUCUUUUAACGGUCACUGUAAUUUAUUUUUAAUCAAAAUGAGUGUGUUGGAAUUUUAAAUUGCAUUAAAUUUAAAAUAUUUUUGUCUUUAACCUCUCAUUUUAGAUCAACUUUUUAGAUUAUUUAAAGAGCAUAUUGAUGCACUAAACAUAGGAUAUACAGAGCCUGUAGGAUAUACUGUGUAGUCUGUCUGGACAGUGACACAUUGUUUUUGCUGUUUUGGCUACUCCAGCACAUUGGAUUGGAAAGGAAUCGGUGAAUAUGAGGUUGCUGUGUAUUCCUGUUAAAUCGGAUGUGGACGUAAAUACCCUCUAAUUAAAAAUGCCAGUCUAUACAUUAAACCUCUUGUCCAAUCCAUCCAAAUCCAAAAUUACAAAAAUUGUCUCUGUCGUAUGGACUGCACUUAUAUUCCAAUUGAUUACAUCUAACCUAAAUUGAUUAUAUUUAUAACUAACAUUAUGAGCUCAGUUUAUUUGUGAAUGUUAACGGUUAUUUACACGGUGAGCUCCAUAAUCUUUAGGACAAAGACAUUUUAUUUGGCUCUGUGCUCCACAAUUUUAGAUUUGCAAUCAAACAAUUCACAUGUGAAUUGCAUAUUUAGAGUUUUUAUUCAAGUAUCUAUUAUACUUUGGUUUCACCAAGCAGUAACAAACAAUACUAGAUACUGAAAGAUUUCCAAAACCUGUACUAAGGAAUUAAUUGAAAACUCCUUACGAAUCAGAAAUGUCUGUGAAGCCAUUCGUCCGAAACAUAAUGGUGCCCUGAAAUAGGGGGAUGUAUAGCUAGUACCCUGAUUUCUAGUUGGUGAAAACAAAGCAUAUAAGAAUAUCCCAAAUGAAAGCUGAGUGUGUAUGUUGGCCAUUGUUGGAUUACAACUUGUUGUAGUACAGAGCCCAAUCAAGAAACACUUUGUCCCAAACAUUAUGGAGCUCACAGUACAGUAUGUGAGGCAUGCGCACAGAGAGAAAUGUGCAAACUAGUUAUAGAGAAGUACAAUGCUGUGAGAAUUUUUUUUUUUUUUUUGCCCAGGAGUGAUACAAGAUGGAACACUACUUUGUAAAGGAUAUCAGAUCUGUAUUUUAGAAAAUGAAAUUCCCUCUAAAUUAUUGUAAUAAUUUCACAAUUAAAUAUAUUGUUGAGGUUAUUCAUCUGAAUUGGUUAUAUGGCUUUGUUAUAUGUUAUGUUAAGUUAUGUUACGUGAAAUAGAAUUCCAAUAUUGGUAUCUUCUCAAAGUUUCAUUAAUCUCUCAAAUUUGGUGUUGUGGCUGUUUUGAAAUUGGAACCGCAAGAAAACACAUAUUACAAUGGAAUGUGUCCUGCAAAAAUGAAGCUACGUAAAGAGUGCUCCGUAUGGACUUGGUGUGGGAUUCUUGUGGAGUUGGCUGCAGUGUAACUAUGCAGUGUGAAAAGGGGAAUACUAAAUUCUGUUUGUAUACUAAAUUCUUGGUAAGUGUCAAGACAAGACAAAUUAUUAACAAGAAAAAAUUAAGUAUUUUAUAGCCCAGUAAAAAUUUUAUAUUGUAAAGCAACGUAAUCUUGAAAUGUUGUUUGCACUUUCAUAGUCCUAUACUUGAUACAUUCCCAGUUUAUAUGGCAUAAGUAAUGUUUGAUGUCUGGCCAAUCAAAGAAAGGUUUACUCUUAAUAAAAGUUGCCUAAAAUGUG